CGCUUUGCGAAUGACGAUGUACUGAUAGGCGUUAUUUAUUGGGGUCCCGUCGUUCGUUGACAGAUGGAAACUUAAAGAGAGGGCAGUAAACAGAUAGCGGCAAAGGCGGUGCCGUUCAUGCCCAAAGCUCGUGUCAAAGCGAGGAAAUUGUCAGCGAAGGCAAGUACACGCUAAAAAACUCAACUCCGCUCGUGUUAUUAGAGCUCGUCUUGUAGCUGCACAUUCAGACAUUGUGCCAUAACUGUCCUGGAUUACCACUUUAGGAGCGCCAUGACUUGGCAAACAAACGCAGCGCGCUAGGAUGGCAGGAAUAAGGGUUCAGUGAUAGGUAAACGCACGUAAACAAAUCUAUAUAGAGUGCAGUCGAGGCUGGAAAACCUGAACAGGUGGCAUAUCUCGGAGCAUACACGUCAAGUGGAGCAGACCGACAGCUUGCCUCUUUUCGUUAAUCCUCUGCUGACGACGCUUUUCAGCCCCUCUCCUCCUCGCCGGGGAAAGACUUCAUUUCGUGAAGUUCUCGCCGCGGUUUAGCAGUGCUGAUAGGACGGGCUCCGGUGUCUUAAAGGAUUCUGGAGAUGCGCGUGCAAGUUUCCCGCUGGAUUUAACAACAAGCGCGUUCUUUCUUUCUCACUCCUUAUGCCUUAUGACUUGGAUGUGUUGAAAAUCCACGUGUCAAAAAGCGACAUGUUUCCUGAAAUUAAUAACAAGUCAGCCAGACCCGAGGCUUUCCCUCACCCACACAGGGCUCAGGCCGACAACACUAAAAUAGGACCCAACUGCACCUACACACAGAAGUGUGGGACAGGCGUUGGUACUUUGCCUCAACUAGAGGCUCCUGUCAAGCAAGUUUUGGUGACCAAUGGCAAACUUCUGCAUUCGAAUGGAACCUUACCAAGCAUUGUCAAACAGUUGGUGCAAAGCACUCAGGGGAAUCAGGAGGAGAGACCAAGGCCGCAGUUUCCCAAUCGCUUUGGUUCGUCGGUGGAAAACUUGUCUGAAUCCUUAACCAGGAGCAUUAUUAAUAAGUUUGAGAAGAUCAGAACAUAUGAAGGACAGAGGCUGCCAAUGUCUCCAACAACGGCACUGAAACACUUCCAGAACCAGUUAACAGAAUAUGAGCGGGAAGAGAUCAUGGAUUACUCUGAGAUCUGGUAUCUGGGUUUGGACACAAAGAAGAUUGAAGGCUCCCAGGGAUCCCCACAGAAUGCAGGCUAUGAUGAUGAACAUGGCAGCUACUUAAAGGUCCUGCAUGACCAUAUAGGCUAUCGCUAUGAAGUGCUGGAGGUGAUUGGGAAAGGAUCGUUUGGCCAAGUCCUGAAGUGUUUGGAUCACAAGACAAAUGAGACGGUGGCCAUCAAAAUCAUUCGAAAUAAGAAGAGGUUUCAUCAUCAGGCUCUGGUCGAGCUGAAGAUCCUGGAUGCUGUGCGGAGAAGGGACAGAGAUAACUGCCACAAUGUUAUUCACAUGAAGGAGUAUUUCUACUUCCGCAACCACCUGUGCAUCUCCUUCGAGCUGCUCGGGGCAAACCUGUAUGAGCUGAUCAAGAAGAACAACUUCCAGGGCUUCAGUCUGGGUCUGAUUCGCCGCUUCGCUCAUUCACUGCUCAAGUGCCUCCAGAUGCUGCACAAAGAGAAGAUCAUCCACUGUGACCUUAAACCGGAGAACAUACUGCUUUCUCAAAGGGGACAAGGAAACAUCAAGGUGGUCGACUUUGGAUCGAGCUGUUAUGAGCAACAGAGAGUGUACACUUACAUCCAGAGCCGCUUCUACCGCUCACCAGAGGUGAUUCUGGGUCAUCCUUACAGCAUGGCUAUAGACAUGUGGAGUCUGGGUUGUAUUUUAGCUGAGCUUUACACCGGUUAUCCACUCUUUCCAGGGGAGAGUGAAGUGGAGCAGAUCGCCUGUAUCAUGGAGAUCAUGGGACUUCCUCCAAAUGACUUUGUCCAGACUGCAUCGAGACGGAGGUUAUUUUUUGACUCGAAAGGAAAUCCAAGAAAUAUCACCAACAGCAAAGGAAAGAAACGUCGACCCAGCUCUAAAGAUUUGGCCAGUGUGCUGAAGACCAACGAUCCUCUCUUUCUUGACUUCAUUCAACGUUGCCUUGUGUGGGAUCCCACAAAGCGCAUGACGCCCGAUGAAGCGAUGCAGCAUGAGUGGAUCACAGAGGGACGUCUCAACAGACUCCAUCCAAAACCUCGCCCUCUACGGAAAGAAAGUGAUAACAAUUAUGAAUUUACCUACCGCAAAGCCACAGGAAACAGGACAGCUGAUAAAUCAGGAUCUGACGAGAAGCUAAAGAGGGUCAGUGACGCCUCAAGCAAAGGAGGAAAGACGGUCUCAGAAGAGCGCCUGCGUCCCAUAGGAGCCUCAGCUGAGGAAGAAAACAGUGAGAAUUCAAGCAAAAGCCUGAGCAAAGACAGCAAGACGGACUCGAGUGGCGAGCGAUCCGUUCAGAUCAUCAUCAAACCUCAGACGGGCUCCAGCUCUGAUUCCUCGUCCUCUGAAGGCCCAGAGCCUCAGUUUCUGCCCCCCAUUGUAUAACAGCCACAGCAAAGCGUUUCUUACUGCAGCCGCUUGGUCUGGAUUUACCGUUUGUGCGGCUUAUUAGAGAGAGUUUGACUUUGAGUUUUUAAAAUGUCCAAGAAAGUCAGGCUAAUCAUUUAUUUAUUUAUUUUUAGCUGUUUAUUCAUUGUGGUAUGAAAAGGUGCCAUCAUACUAGAGUUUGACAACUGUUUAGCCACAAAUUUUGAAGAUGUGAUGCUGGAUGUUGGUUUUCUUAGUUAAUUAUUUGCUAAAUAAUAUUUAAAAAAUAAAAUCAAAUAUUUAAAAUACAUUAAAUGAAAUUAUUAUUUAAUUAAUGUACAAAAAUAUUUUUUAUUAAAUUAUUCAAAUUAAACGCAUAUAAUAAAAUAUUUAAUUAA